GAACUCACUGGCUCUCAGAAAUCAUCUCCAUGCUGGUCAACAGCUGCCACCGUCUGACCAAAGAUACGAUGAAGCACCUGGAGUACUUGCCAUUGGAGGUACUAGACAGCAUGCCCUCACCCGUGAAAUACCACUCGACUUCCACCGAAAGCGCGCCAAAAUCGUCGUCUGCAUGCGCAAACCCUCGCGACGUGGCCGUGUCCUACUUCAAAUUUAUCUCCAACCUGAACCUCUUGAACUACUCCGGCAAUUGGAAUGCCUUUGUGCCGCUCUUUAUCAACGGCAACUUACCCUACAACUCGUGGUUUGAACACACAGACACCUGGUUGAAGGUCGCUAGGUCAGGAAAACACAAAAUUCAGGUGGUCUUCUAUGAAGAUCUUCAUCGAGAUUUCAACUCCACCGUGUCCAGACUAGCUGACUUUUUGGACGUCGACUACACUCCUGAGCUGAUCGCCGCUGUCCACCUGGAGACCACGUUUGACAACAUGAAAACACACAAGGACGAUUUCACCUUGUCGCUCAGCAAAAACGGGGAAUCCCCGAUUUACAGAAAAGGAGAAGUUGGGGACUGGGUCAACUGGUUCACGCAUGAGCAGAUCGAACAAAUCGAUCAGAAAAUGGAGGCCUGGCGUCUGCACCUGGACAACAGGAUCAAGUACUUUACCGACCAGCCCAACCCCACCUAUACAUCCAGGGUCCACACUUAUCCAGGGUCCACACUGGUUCAGGAGAUCCAGAGUCCACACUGGUCCUGUAGAUCCAAGUUCAAACACUGGUCCAGGAGAUCCAGGGUCCACAUUGGUCCACGAGAUUCAGGGUCCACAUUGGUCCAGGAGGUUCAGGGUCUACACUGGUCCGGGUUUCUAGGGUCCACACUGGUCCAGGAGAUUCAGGAAGAUACUCUGGAUCACCAAGAGCAUCUACUUCGUAUUAUUCUUCACCUUGAUUCACAUUUGAUUUCUUAA